UUUAUGUAAGGAAGAUGUAAUGUUAUGGAUUUGUUUUGGUGCGGAAGGUGACUCUCGGAAGGUAUUACAAGAAAAAACCUUUUUUUCUCGCUGGAAGAUGACUUUAUAAGUUUGAAUUCUAUUCAGCUAUGAUUAUGUGGUUCAGGGCCAGCAGCUACAAUGCUCGAGGAAAGACCUAACAUCCGCAGGCGGGUAGGCUCAGCCCGGGCGGGUUCUGCGAGAGUGGGCUCAGCUCGGCCUGCAGUAGGAAGGGUGAGCUCAGCAAGGCCCUCUUCUGAUACUCUCCGUCCGAAGUUACACACGGGUAGGCCGUCUUCAGCUCCUGUGCCCAGUCGUCCUUCGUCAGCACCCGUGCCAGGGAGGAAUGAGUCUUAUGGAACGAAUAAGACACCAUUGGCUCCUGCGAAAUUCAAGGCCCACGAUGUUUCACAUCUUAAUCUAAAAAUUGAGGGCAAAUCGAUAAGAUCUGUUGCAUAUACACCAAGACGUCAUCAGCCAGUUAGCCGUGGUUCUCUGAGAGUUAUAUCAAGUCAUGGCUAUGCAACACCAAGUAGAAGGAAGCAAUUUCUUUCAAGUUAUAAGAGUGGCUGCUAUGAAAAGCAGGAGGUGGGCAGUGAUUCAGAAGGAUCCAGUGUAAUUGGCUUUGGGAGCACAUACACUCUGCCACUGACAGUCAACCACCCAAUUGUGUAUGGAACUGGUCUGUCAUUUCAGCAGCCAUAUUCCCUGAAGUCCAAUACAGACUUCGGCUUGACUUUUACCAAGAGUGACAGUGAUCAGUCUCAAGAGCACGAUCAGUUUGGGGAUACGUAUACUCUCAAGUCAGCAUCUGAUCAUCCCAAUGUGAAUGAACUUGAGUUUGCCAAUAAAGCUUUCAGAUGUUCUCCUGAAGGAAGAGAUGACAGGUCUGAAAUAGAUUCCUAUGGGAAUGCCAGAGGAAUUCUGAGAGAAAAUACUUAUAAUCUGAGACCCCAUUUAGUGAGCACACAUAGUGACCUCGAAAUUGAUAACAAUAGUUCCUACCACACUUCGCACAAUGGCAGUAACCACUUUAGGAGAGACUUUGACACAACUUCAAAUGAUGGCUCAGAAUGCACUGUUAUGAGCUUAGGUCGUAGGAUACAGCUUAUGGCAAGUACUGAACCCAAAAAACAGAGAGAAAGUGAGACCAAAGACGAGAGUUGGGACACGGAGUGGAAAGAGCUCCUGAAACAGAAUCACGAGUUGUUGUUGAAACUCUCAAGUAGGGAUGAGCCCCCCGCAUUAGAGAACUCAGGGAGGUGUGACCAUACAAAAACAGUGUUAGUCCAUCAUAGUGGUGUCCAGACCCAGUUCCAAGCAAACAGUUCAGGAGUUAGUGAAGCUUUGGAAAUACCUCUGAGAAACAUGUCAGGGGAAGAGAGAUUUCAAGAUCACGAAGAAAAGCAACAUGCGGAAGAGCUUGAAGGGGAUGAGGACUUUGAUGGCCAGGAAUUGGUUGAGAAUUGUGAAAGUCCAGAGUGUGUGUUAGAAGAUAUAAUUGAGGAAUCGAGUUUGAGUGACAAGUCAACUCCAAGGACUAUUGUAGACCAAACUCAGGAUGACAUAGAAAGCUCGACUAUUCAAACCAAUAUGAAAAUAGAUAGUACUUCCCAUGGUGAUGCUAGUCCAGAGAGUCCAAAAGACUGUCAUUCCCACAAUAAAACAAACCAGCCAGAAAAGGAGGAAGAUAUAACCCAAACAGUUGAAUCAGGCCAAGGGAAGGGAGUCACAUCACUCUCAAACUCGUAUGAUUUUUCAUGCACUACAGACCUCCCAACCUACCGCCCAGGCUCUGCUGCUGCAUACAUAGUGCGUAGCCGCUGGACUUCAGAGAAGCGUGUCAAGUCACAGGGCUCAAAAGAUCUGCUUGAGGCUCUACAGAUGAUAGAAGAUGAAGAAAAGAAGACUUCAGAAUCAUAUGAGAGAGAGCAAGGCAAAGUGGAGAGUGUAGCUGAAGUUCCAGUUGUCUAUUUUCAAGAUGCAGGAGUUAAUACCAGGCAGAUAUAUAAUGCAAAAUCUUAUGAAUUUCAACCAACUGAGAGUAUGGGCAGUUCCCCUAAAAGAUCCAUCACUAAAGAAAGUGAGAUGAAACCAAUAAGUACCACACCACCUAUACAAGAAUGCCCUGCUACUUUACCUGUGCUACAGGUAUUAGUAGAGAAAGUUUUCCUCUUUACACAAGAUUUAGCUGAACGUUGGCAGAAAGGGAAUACUGAGGCAUGUCAAGAAGAGCUCCUUAAUCAGAUAGUUGAGGCUGAGAAACAACUAGAAAACAUCUGCAUCCAAGAGAAGCGUAAGGAGGACCCAAAGAAGAGUCCUGAAUUGCAUGCCAAAUGCGAGGAGAAGUUGAGAAACAAGCAAGAGGAAAUGGAGGCCAGAAUCCAGAAAAAUCUAGAACUUAUACGAAAGUUACUAGAUGAUAAGAAGACACUGACUGAACAAUGUGAAAAGCUUGUGAAAGAGCAAAGAAUUUCUGAGAAGAAGAAUGCAGACAAGAUCAAGCUAAUGGAAGAUCGCCACAUGCAAGAAAUGAAGUCCCUACGUGAGAGGAUUACAACAGCAGAACAAGAAAAGAGGGAAAAGUGGACCCAACAGAAGACAAAAGCUAUAAAAGAAACCACCUAUCGGGGACUGGAAACAAAGAUGAAAGACCUCACCGCAAAACACCGUGAUGAGAUAAGCGAGCUAAAAGCACAGCAUUGGGAGGCUCUGAGGGAAGCAGAGGAAAAGAUGAUAACACAACUCCGAUCCCAAGAGGAGGAGCUCAAGAAGAAGUAUGAGCAGGAGAAGGAGGAGGCUUGCAAGAAGGAGAGAGAGAGGGAGCAGCAGAGACUGGAUUUAGAGAUUCGACAAAGUGAACAGCUGUCCCUGACUCGACUGGAGACAGUCCGCAAGCAGCAAGAAAGGGACAUCAAAUCCCUGAUCGAAGAGCAUCACCGAACCUUAGAGAGGGAGCGUUCAGACCGAGAAGCAGCCCUGAAAGAGGCUAGUAAGGAGAAGCAAAGAAUUAUAGAGGAGAAUGAAGAAAAAAUUCGGAAUCUGAACCGCAGACAUGAGGAAGAACUGGCCAACCUCAGACAACGAGAUGAGAAAAGCCGAUCAGAAUGGAGAGAGCAGUUCAUGAAGGAGCAAAGUGAGGCUAAGAGUCAGUCAGAUAGAGAGCUGCGGGAGAGGUUGAAGAGGCAACGCGACAAGGAGAUUGAGCGUGCAAUCAAGGAGAUCCAGCAGGAGACAAGCAGUCGGGAGAAUGAGGAACACAGAGCAUAUGAAGCGAAGAUGAAGAACUUACGAGAGAGAUACGAGAAUGAGUUGAAUGAACUGGAAAGCAGUGAGCGUGCUGCCAGAACCAGAUAUCUUGAAAUGAAAUCUGUUUUAGCGCAAAAAGAGGAGGAAAUUGUGUACUUGCGUGCUCGGCUCCACACACAGGACUUAGAACUGUGUGAACUUCAACAUAUGUUCCGGCCUCCAGAUGACUAGGAGAGUGUGCUUAGUCGGUCCUGGAUAGGUUUUGAUAUGCAGAUUGGGGGUCAUCAUCAUUAUCAUGUCAAGGAUCAUUCUUGACCCCAACUGACCCUUGCUGACCUGUGCUAUGAGGCCUCUUGAGCUGUUACUUCUUCCGUAACAUUCCCUUUUUUGAAUUGUAUAGCUUGAUAUGUUUUGUACAGAACAGGAAAAAAAACUUUUUAGCAGUCAGAUGUUUGUUAAAUGGGAAAUACUGCAGGCCUGGAAUAAAGGGAUAUUGUGCAUGUAUGAACAUUGUUGAAAAAGAUGAGCAGAGCCUUGAAAUUUCUUGUAGUUUAAAGAGUAAAGCAUGUAGCAUGCAAGAUACAAAGGUAUGUUGGCUGCACUAGACUUAUCACUCAGUGCUGAUUUUUUUUCUUCAAAUAUUUAAAUGGAUAAUGCAAUAAUAAAAUCCAUUAUUAUGUGUUGCUGUCAAAUAUAUAUAUAUUUUUUCUUAUUAUGUACUUGUGUACAUGUGAGUGCGUAUGCUUGUGCAUGUGUUUGUGUGCCUAUAAGGUGUGCCGGCUCUCAUCUUGUUUCAAAUUAUAUUAACAGUACCUCGUUAUUUCUAUUUUUUUUCUUAAAUUAUCUGGAAUUUACUAAAGUCUUGAAUAUACAGGAAAGAAAAAAUGUGUUAUAAAGCAAGUAAAUAAAGUAGGAAGAAAGAAAACUUUCCAGUGCAGUAUGAAAGGUAUUGAAAAACCUUGCUGUAAAUUCUGUUUUUCUUGCUUUUAUUGUUUUUAGUUGUUGUUGAAAAUAUUUUACAUUUUUGAUCAAGGUUUAGGGUAUGGUGAGAUUGUAAGGAAUGUAGGUGUGUACUUCCAUAUCACUUUCCUAAUUCUGUUAAUUAAUUCAGAAAUUUCUUAUCAUUAAAGAUAAGAAUUGUACAAAAUAUGUAUUAUGACCAAAGAUAGUUUUAAGUAAUUUUAGUCUGUAAGAUAUACAAAUAUUCUGUGUCCUGAAAUGUUUUAAUUCUUUCUUUUAAACAAAGAUGUCCAGUUAAUGCUGUCUUAAGAGUAAAAUCAAAUUUAUUUGGGGAGGGAUAAAAUCUCGAAAAAUGUUGAUAUUCUUACUGGUCAUCUCCAAGCAUGAUCCAAAAUAAUAUAAACCAGAAUUUGGAGCCAAUGUUGAAUAGACUUAUUGACAACGGAAAUUAUCAGUUCUUGAGAAUAAGUUAGAGACUAGAUUAAAGAUUAAAAUGCUUGUGAGUUUCUAAUGUACUUAAAUGACCAUGACAAUCUUCUGGUUUCAUUGUAGAGUUUACUGUAUAUAUCCAAUGUCAUCAUAAAUUGAACAUUUUAGUCUAAAGCAUCUGUAAAUAUACAUUAUUUAUACUUGUCCUUAAUUUAUUAUCUUCAUGAGUUUUAUUAGUCACAACAGAAAACAGAAAAAAAUAAAGUCA